AGGCGGGCCACGGCCCCAACUUGCAACAGUCUCAGGAACUGACGCGGAAGCUGCUCCGGGACAAACAGAGCAAGAGGAACUCUGGCCACCACCUGCCCGUGUUCCCCUCCUGGGUCUACGAGAGGCCCACCCUGAUCGGGGACUUCUUGGUGGGCUCCGGGGUCGGCUCGGACUCACCUGCUCCCAUCGGCAGCCUGCCCUUGGCCUCCCAGGAGGCCACGGUCGUGGAGGACCUGCUGUACCUUCUGGUGGGCGUGGACGGACGGUACAUCACGGCGCAGGCGCUGCUCGGCAGGCAGAGCCGCACUUUCCUCGUGGACCCCAACCUGGACAUGUCUGUGAAGGAGCUGGUGAACCGAAUCCUCCCAGUGGCUGCCAGUUAUUCCACAGUGACCAGGUUCAUUGAGGAGAAGUCCUCCUUUGAGUACGGCCAGGUCAAUCACGCCCUGGCGGCCGCCAUGCGGACACUGGUCAAGGAGUACAUGAUCCUGGUCACUCAGCUGGAGCACCUGCAGAGGCAGGGCCUGCUCUCCCUGCAGAAGCUCUGGUUCUAUAUCCAGCCCACCAUGCGCACCAUGGAGAUCCUGGCCUCCCUUGCCACCUCUGUGGACAAAGGUGAGUGCCUGGGGGGCGCCACCCUGAGCCUCCUCCACGACCGCAGCUUCAACUACACGGGGGACAGCCAGGCCCAGGAGCUCUGCCUCUACCUGACCAAGGCCGCCAGCGUGCCCUACUUUGAGAUCCUGGAGAAGUGGAUCUACCGCGGGAUCAUCAAUGACCCCUACAGCGAGUUCAUGGUGGAGGAGCACGAGCUGCAGAAGGAGAAGAUCCAGGAGGACUACAACGACAAGUAUUGGGACCAGCGGUACACCGUGGUGCAGCCCCAGAUCCCUUCCUUCCUCCAGAAGAUGGCCGACAAGAUCCUCAGCACAGGCAAGUACCUGAACGUGGUCCGAGAGUGCGGCCAUGACGUGACGUGCCCCGUGGCCAAGGAGAUCGUCUACACGCUGAAGGAGCGCGCCUACGUGGAGCAGAUCGAAAAGGCCUUCAACUACGCCAGCCGCGUGCUGCUGGACUUCCUGAUGGAGGAGAAGGAGCUUGUGGCGCACCUGAGGUCCAUCAAGCACUACUUCCUCAUGGACCAGGGCGACUUCUUCGUGCACUUCAUGGACCUGACCGAGGAGGAGCUCAAGAAGCCCGUGGAUGACAUCAUCCCGACCCGGCUGGAGGCGCUGCUGGAGCUGGCCCUGAGGAUGAGCACGGCCAACACGGACCCCUUCAAGGAUGACCUGAAGAUUGACCUGAUGCCCCAUGACCUCAUCACACAGCUCUUGCGCGUCCUCGCCAUCGAGACCAAGCAGGAGAAGUCGAUCCUCAGCGCGGACCCCACGGAGCUGACCCUGAGCGGCCUCGAGGCCUUUUCCUUCGACUACAUCGUCAAGUGGCCGCUGUCACUAAUCAUCAACAGGAAGGCGCUCACGCGCUACCAGAUGCUCUUCCGCCACAUGUUCUACUGCAAGCACGUGGAGCGGCAGCUCUGCAACGUCUGGAUCAGCAACAAGACGGCCAAGCAGUUCUCCCUGCACUGCGCCAAGUGGUUCGCUGGGGCCUUCACGCUGAGGCAGCGCAUGCUGAACUUCGUCCAGAACAUACAGUACUACAUGAUGUUCGAGGUGAUGGAGCCCACCUGGCACAUCCUGGAGAAGAACCUGAAGUCGGCGUCCAACAUCGACGAUGUGCUGGGUCACCACACAAGCUUCCUGGACAACUGCCUGAAGGACUGCAUGCUGACCAACCCCGAGCUGCUCAAGGUCUUCUCCAAGCUCAUGUCCGUCUGCGUCAUGUUCACCAACUGCAUGCAGAGGUUCACCCAGAGCAUGAAGCUGGACGGUGAGCUGGGCCGCCCCCCCGUGGAACCCGGCACCAUGCUGGGCCCCCCCACAGAGGCCGAACGGGCCGAGGAAGCGCUCAAGAGGAAACUGGCCACUAAGCACCUGGCGGAGCAUGUGGACGCGCUGCAGAUGACCUCGGGCUUCGAGGCCACCAUCACCAAGUUCGACAAGAACUUCUCGGCGCACCUGCUGGACCUCCUGGACAAGCUGAGCGUGUUCAGCACUAACGACUGCGAGCACAGCAUGGUCAGCGUCAUCUCCAGGCUGGACUUCAACGGCUUCUACACGGAGCGGCUGGAGCGCCUGUCGGCCGAGAGAAGCCGGAAGGCGGCAGCCCCGAUGCCCGUGCCCAGGACGGUGGUGCCCGUGCAGUGAGGGCCAGUGCCUGGAGGGCCACGGCCGUGUGUAUCUGAGAGACGGAGAUUAAAAGCGCAUUUAGGCCGAA